AUGGCAGCCUACUUCAACGAAGAAGACCCUUCGUUCUUCAAUUCGCAGGUUAGGAGUGGCAUCUGGCUCAAGCCAGCUGCGGAGAGCUUCACUUCCCUCAAUCUCACCAAGACGAUGAGGCAGAUUUUCUAUGGUGGCCUCGUUCAACAAUCAUGGAAUGCCAAUCCUACAAUGGACCCUGUCGUGGUAGUGGUCGACGGCGAAGAUGCAGACGUCAACCCGUUUGCUUGGAAAGGUGGUUCGAACGGCCAUCCAGAGACACUGGACAAGAGCGAUGUCGAUGCAAGCCGUCACCUUGACGACGGCAAGACAUUCUUUCUUGUUGGAAUUACCACCUGUCAGAACUGGAAGACCGACGAUGGUAUCUCCGACUACGUUUGCAACGAGGAUGCACUCCAAAGACUAGCUGGCAUAUCCGCGCUCGACGGCGAAUCAUCAGAUUGGGGAUCCCUUGCUGCAACCGACAUUAUCGCCAGCACAUACUCAGCCUACAAGUUGAAUGGCAAUGCCAACGGAUACAAUAUCACAGAGGGCAACGACAACAAGCAGAAGGAUUCGAAUGGCAACAAACAGGCGACGCUGCACCCGGAGGGCGUUAGAACUCCUGGAGUCUUCUCCAUCCCCGUCUGCGACUACGAGACUGCCUAUAGGAACUUUGUGGCUGUUGGGGGAUGGUAUCAAGGCCCUCGAUUCUUUGCCUGA